AUGGGUCUUUUUGCAAAGGAUCAUGCCCUCGAGGCCGUUGAGUUGCGCACGCGAAGCGCAAAGCCUGGGUUGCGCGGAUUCGAGUUCGAGAAGCUCCCUCGCACAGUGCGCCACCAAAUAUACAGAGAAUUAUUGCUCAAGCCAGUAGACGACGAUAGCGCAGCAGAGGAUGAUGGUGACAGCUACGCUAGCGAACAUGACAAACUAAGUGAACGCAUCGAAGGGCUGAUGGUCGAGAUUGGAGAAGGAGACAAUCAAAUGCACCCAGAGAUCAUGCGUACCAACAAGAAGAUCCACGAUGAAGCCGCCGCUGUCCUUCGCCUCAUCACCAAACUGCGCCUCUACGUCAGCACCAGGGGCAAUGAGCACGACCGUACCCAGGCAGUCGCAAUCUACUGGACCACCAUAAACGUCAACCACGUAUGCAAGAAGCUCACCUUGAACGAUCUCAAGAUCCUCAAGGUGGACUUUUACAACGCUCUUGGUCGCAAGCAUGGUGGAUCAGCACGCAAAGGAUACUAUGGAGAACGGUGCUUGGAGCCUUUUAAAAAAUGCCGAGCCGAGAAGCGAUCGCACUUCUUCAUCAACGACUAUUCUUCUCCAGCUUACGCACCCAAGUUGAAGGCCGUGAUCGAAGGCCCCAAGGAUGCGAAGUUCUUGGCUCGCCGCAAGGCAAAGGAAGACGAGUCGGAAAGUGAUUUCGAUGACCAAGGAGGCUCUGGGAAUUAA